ACUCUCAUUUAUAAAACAAGCGCAAAGCGGGGAAAUACUUUUCGCAAGCUAACACAAUUAGUUCAAUGAGCUUAAACAUUUAGAAUAUAUAACAACACAACAAUAAAUAUAUGUGAAUGUCUACGAGGACAACGGUCACAUGCUUGAUAUCUGGCAGCAUUCCUGUUUCAAACAAGCAUUCUGUUCGCUGACUUUUGGAUUAGCACGUUGGCUAGCUUUAUGUUGACACCAGCCCUGUUGGUAGGACAGUGAAUCGGGUGACAAGCGACAUGUCAGAGUCCGGCCACAGUCAGCCCGGCUUGUACGGGCAAGGACGCAGGAGGAGGCGACGCCGGGGAGAUCGAGAUGUCGGAGCUCCUGGUCAGAAUUUGUCCGGUCCCAGUCGGGAUAGGGACUAUCAACCGAGAGAACGAAGGGAUGGAAGCGAGGACCCACCAGGUCCACUCAUUCAGAAGACUCCCAUCAUUCUAGCAAAGCCCCCCGGAGAGAGGGCGAAGUCAUCACAGAAUGCUCCUGUCAGUGGAGCUUCAGCCACGGAGAAGCCUAUAAUGCUAAUGAAAGCCAGGGAUGAUGGGGGGAAGCCAGGCACCCCUCCAGAGGUGGCAGCAGCUCAGCCCUCUAGUUCUGGGCCUUCAAAGUUAGAGAAGGAAGGACAGCGACCUACCCAACCCGUGUACCAGAUCCAAAACCGAGGAAUGGGUGCCUCAGCGUCAAGCAGCGCUGUUGAUCCCAUGGUUGGCCAAUCGAAACUCCUUCCCCCAGAGAAGAUGAAGCAUAGCAUAAAGCUAGUUGAUGAUCAGAUGAACUGGUGUGACAGUGCCAUGGAGUAUCUGAGGGAUCAGACAGAUAUGUUGGUGGUGGGAGUCAUUGGCCUUCAGGGAAGUGGGAAGUCUACAAUCAUGUCUCUGUUAUCUGCCAACACACCUGAGGAAGAUCAAAGGAGCUAUGUAUUUAGAGCACAGACCCAAGAAAUCAAGGAAAGAGGAGGCAAUCAAAGUACAGGGAUUGACUUUUUUAUCACACAGGAGAGAGUAAUCUUCUUGGACACGCAGCCAAUGUUGAGUCCUUCUAUUCUGGACCACCUCAUCAACAACGAUCGGAAGUUGCCUCCAGAGUACAAUCUCCCUCACACAUACGUUGAGAUGCAGUCUUUUCAGAUUGCUGCCUUCCUGUUUACAGUGUGCCAUGUAGUCAUAGUGGUUCAAGACUGGUUCACAGACUUAAACAUUUACAGGUUUCUUCAAACAGCUGAGAUGCUGAAACCUUCCACUCCAUCUGCAAGCCAUGACAGCACGGGUUCUUCUGGCAAUGACGAUGGAGCAGAGUAUUAUCCUCAUAUUGUUUUUCUACAGAAUAAGGCCAGACAAGAAGAUUUCUGCCCAAGGAACCUGAAGAACAUGCACAUGGUGGUGGACAAGUUAAUGACCCACUCACAUCUCAAAUACAAAGGUACACUGUCCAUGGUAGACUGUAACGUCUUCCCCGGCCUGGGACAGGACUAUCUGUCACCUGAGGUCAACAUGUUUCUCCUUCCUGUGCAGGAGAGUGAUGGCGAGGACAGUCUGACGAAAGCAGCUUCAGGGACGUAUCCGCUCUUCUCCCUGCUCCCGGGCUACAGAGGACACCCCUCCUUCUCCACCAUGGUUUCAAAACUACGUAGCCAAAUUCUGGCCAUGCCGCGCUGUCAGCUGUCACACACCAUCCUUACAGAGAAGAACUGGUUCCACUAUGCAGCCCGUAUCUGGGAUGGAGUGAAAAAGUCCUCAGCUCUCUCUGAAUACAGCCGCCUCCUUUGCUAACACCAGCUGACUGAACUGCUCCUGCAAAAAACUCACAUAAAUACACAGUCAAACUGGAAGCUUGGUGAGGAGCGAGCAGAACACUUUCCCUUACCCUGCAGAUUCAUGCUUGAAACAUUGUCCCUCCUUUCCAUGAAGAAGUGUGAGGUAGUGGACCCAAGCGCACCCUGCACACCCGAGGGUGGGGAUACAGAGAAAACCAUUGCUUCAAUAUUGUUGUGAAGAUAUGAAAAGACCAACAUUAUUUGAAAUUGUAAAUUUGGGGAGUCACGUGAAAACAUUAUUAGUUGUUAAAAAAUAAACUGAGUUUUACAAACAA